GCCAUUAAACCACAGAAGAAGAAGAAAACUCCAUACUGAAGGGGACGCUAAGGCUGUAAUGCAGCAAAGUAUUGCAGAAGAAGAAGAAGAAAACUCCACACUGAAGGGGGCGCUAAGGCUGUAAUGCAGCAAAGUAUUGCAGAAGAAGAAAACUCCACACUGAAGGGGGCGCUAAGGCUGUAAUGCAGCAAAGUAUUGCAGAAGAAGAAGAAGAAGAAAAGAAGGAAGCGUCGACCUUCUACUAGUUAGCAAUAAAUAAUACUAGUCAGCAAUAAAUAAUCCUCUGUGGCGUCUCUUCUUGCCUCUGACACGUCAUUCUUGAACUUUGCGUUAUGUGGAGUUGACCACCAUGUGGUCCUACAUUGGAAGGAAAUGGCCUCUCUUCAGAGGCUCUGUGGGGGGCUGCAGUUGUCCAAGAGUCACUCAGGUGACUCGGGCCUGUAGUAGUCUGCUGACUGACAGCAGGAAGGGGCUUGUCCUGUACUCCCAGUCCACAGACAUAUACGAGAACCUUUCCCUGGAGAACUGGAUAGAGGACAACGUGGACCUGGAGCAACGCAACAUCCUGCUGCUGUGGCGCAGCAGGCCAGCCGUGGUCAUUGGCCGACACCAGAAUCCCUGGCAGGAGUGCAACCUGUCACUCAUGAGGGAUUCAGGAAUAACUUUAGCCCGAAGACAAAGUGGUGGAGGCACGGUCUUCCAUGACCUAGGUAACCUCAACUUGACCUUCUUUGCUUCGAAGAAGGCGUAUAACCGCCAGAGGAACCUGAAGGUCAUCACAGAGGCUCUGAAGUGUCUUCGACCUGGACUGGAGGUCGAAGCCACCAAAAGGUUCGACAUCUUUCUGAAGGGGCAGUACAAGAUCUCAGGAAGUGCAUCCAGAAUUGGCAGGAAGUCAUCAUACCACCACUGCACACUCCUGCAUUCAGCAGACCAAUCUGCCCUCUCCACCGUCUUCCGCUCUUCCUGCCAGGGUCUCCGCAGCAAUGCCACGCCCAGUGUGCCCUCACCUGUGGCCAACCUGCUGGACGUUGACCCCAGCAUGCAGUGGGAGGAGCUGCUGGAUGCACUGGCCAAUCAGUACAGUGCAGAGUUUGGUGUCAGCUCUGCAAAGAAUCCUGUGAGUCCUGCUGAUGAGUCAGCAUUUCCGGGUGUCAGCAGGGUGGCCGCAGAACUACGAGGGUGGGACUGGAUGUUUGGAAAGACCCCAAAGUUCAGUGUCCAAACACUCCUGACAAUGACUGAUAACACUUCAUCAGCUGAAUGCACGGCACUUCUUUGUGUGGAGGUGAAGAGUGGCGUGAUUGACAAGUGCCACUUGGACCUUCCUCCUGACUGGCUUCCACCUGGCCUCAGCAGCAAGGUGAGCAGAGUGCUGGAGGGAGAGCAGUUUUGUCCACAACGCAUCGCUGCGUCCUUUGCUGUGCUGUGGCGCUGUGAGAGCAGCAAACACUGUAACAGACUUCAAAGACUGUGUGACGCCAUCUUGGCUGCCAUGGGUGAACACAAACAUAAGGGAACAUUAGCUGGGUCCCAAGUCAGGGCUGUCACCAUGUAGGCCUCCUCUAGGUCAAGUCAGGGCUGUCACCAUGUAGGCCUCCUCUAGGUCAAGUCAGGGCUGUCACCAUGUAGGCCUCCUCUAGGUCAAGUCAGGGCUGUCACCAUGUAGGCCUCCUCUAGGUCUGUUCACACAUGUCUCACUUCUGACACAAGUCAGGGCUGUCACCCUGUAGGCCUCCUCUAGGUCUGUUCACACAUGUCUCACUUCUGACACAAGUCAGGGCUGUCACCAUGUACGCCUCCUCUAGGUCAAGUCAGGGCUGUCACCAUGUAGGCCUCCUCUAGGUCUGUUCACACAUGUCUCACUUCUGACACAAGUCAGGGCUGUCACCAUGUAGGCCUCCUCUAGGUCAAGUCAGGGCUGUCACCAUGUAGGUCUCCUCUAGGUCUGUUCACACAUGUCUCACUUCUGACACAAGUCAGGGCUGUCACCAUGUAGGCCUCCUCUAGGUCUGUUCACACAUGUCUCACUUCUGACACAAGUCAGGGCUGUCACCAUGUAGGCCUCCUCUAGGUCAAGUCAGGGCUGUCACCAUGUAGGCCUCCUCUAGGUCUGUUCACACAUGUCUCACUUCUGACACAAGUCAGGGCUGUCACCAUGUAGGUCUCCUCUAGGUCUGUUCACACAUGUCUCACUUCUGACACAAGUCAGGGCUGUCACCAUGUAGGCCUCCUCUAGGUCAAGUCAGGGCUGUCACCAUGUAGGCCUCCUCUAGGUCUGUUCACACAUGUCUCACUUCUGACACAAGUCAGGGCUGUCACCAUGUAGGCCUCCUACAAAAGUUAACAUAGUUGAAAUAAUCAAAUACGCCUGAGGUAUGAGUGACCACAACAAAUAGGGAAGUGUCUUGACAAAGUCCUCAUUUGAAGGAGCCCUCAAACCUUCAUGUCACCCUUUAAGAGUUUCAUUUCAAUCCCUAGUUCUUUCAUACACAUACCUGGAUGUUUGCCAUUUUAUGUUGUGUGUGUGUGUGUGUGUGUGUGUGUGUGUAUACAUAAAUGUAUAUUUGUGUGUGUGUGUGCAUAUAUAUGCCUGUUUUUUUAGCGUGUCUAAUGCACAUCCUUCCACUUUGUUUGCGGCACUUGGUGGAAAAGGUUUUGAGAGCGAUAGUGUGGGUCAGUGGCACUCUAAAAUGUAUGUUUUGGUAUUUCAAUUUUCUUUUCAUAAACGGAUAUUGAAAACAAAGAAGUCUGUGUACGUCGCAACCAUUCGUUUUUUUGUUUGUAAUAAAAAUAUUAUUUUACGUAAGUCCAUUUCUCCCGUUCUUAACUUUGAUAAUAAAAAACGUAUCCUCAA